AUGGAAAAAAAUGAGUGCGAAAUUAAAUUAGCAGUUUAUAUAAUAUAAUUUCAAAUGCAAAUUAUCGAGGUUUUAAAAUAAAAACCUUCCAAGAAUCAAAAACAAAUCAUCCUCAACUAUCAGAACAUUAGAGAGAUAGGCUUACACAAUUCCUUCAUGUACAUUACAACUUUGUGUUUGUCACAUAAUUGCAUUUAACAUCUUGAUGGAAUCGAAUAGUUUGUGUAAUUAACUACGCUCUCUCUCCAUCACAAUCUGAUUCAAAGUGUUAAUGAGUUAAAUAAGAUCAAACAACCUCAUUUACUUAAAUUGCUCAAUAUUCAUCAUAAUCCAUUUACUGUUAAUCCAACAUAUUCAACUGUCAUUUUGUAGAAAUUUUGUUAUUUGGAGUAACUUGACAACUAAAGGUUAAAUAAGUAAUAUUAUUAAUAAUAUUUUCAUUGGAUCAAAUGCAUUGGUUAAUUGCUUAUUCCUUACCUGAACGAAAAUUGUAUAUCAGAAUAAUUAGUUAAUUAAUUGUCUAUUGAAUUAAAGAAAUAUGAAAUUUGCAUCUUUAAACUAAAUUCCAUCAUAUAUACACAUCUGAUUAAUUUUCACUAUUCAAAUUAGCACACUAAUUAAUAACUUCAACAGUCAGGAGAAUAAGUAUUCUCAAAACUACUAGAUAUCUUAAAUAAUAACCAAAGAAACAAUGAUCUUUAGAUGUGUUUGAUGAAUCAAGCAUUGCAAGAUUAAGAGAUAGAUUUAUUUGAAUUCUAAUCCAAUAACGUCUACAAAUAACAAUAUUUAUAUUCAAAUUUUUUGUAGUUGAAUGACAAUAUUUUUAAGGAAUAAUAAUUUUGUUUCCCUUAUUUCCCUUUAUGCCUUGAUUAUGUUAAAUCAAUAAUAGAAUUAAUUAAAAUUUAAUUUAAAAGGCAAAACAAGUAUGUCAAUACUAGAUAUCAGUAAACUUCAUUAUAAUCCUAUCGUUAACAAAGUGUAGACUAUUAAGAAAAUACUCGAUCCAAUCACGAUAAUAAUUAAUAAUCAAUAAAUAAGACUAAAUCAAGUUAAUCAAUUGGUAGAAUGAAAAAUAAUACUAAUAAAUCUAUUUUGACAUCCUAAAGUUAGUUAAGUCAUAGAAUAAAUCAUAAUUCUGUUUCCAUUUUUGUUAGAGUUUUAAAUAAUUUCACAAAAAAAUAAACUGAACUUUAAUAAUAAUAAGUAUUUGACAUAUUAAGGAAAAGAACGCACAUUCAAUAAAUUUUUGAGAAAAUCAUGAAGAAAAGAUAAAUCGGUCUUUUGAAGUACAGCUUUACUAAAGUGAAGUAACUUAUAGCCACAAAAAUUAUAGCAAAAGUUACUUAACCAAUUCUCUAUUAAAUGAAGGAGGAAGCGUUCAAUAUUAUGCUUAGGCUAAAAAAUAGAUAUGAGGCUAAAUAGCUUGAAAAAAGUAUAUAACACUUUUAGAUGUAAAGGGAAAGAUUGGUUUUCUCGAUAUUACUUAUAAAUCAAUAAUAAAUGGUUAAAUAAAAGUAAGCUUUAUUUUCAUUGAUAAAAAAAUAGAGAUAGAUACCUUUAAGAGAGCAUUUCUAAAGAUGGAAGAUUUAUUCUAUUAGUGAAUAAUUUUAUGAUUAAAUUUUUCAAUAAAAAAGUAACGAAAUAAGGUCUUUAGCAUCAAUAUCUACAAGAAAUGAAAUUUUUAAAAAGUACCCAAAUAAAUCAAUUCAAUUUUUAGAGAGCAACUCUACACUUGAUUAAGAUGGAAAUAAAUAACAAAAAAGAAAUUCUACCACUUCUAUCAAUCAACAUUUAAAAAAUAAUGGAACAAACAUAUACUGUGAGUAUGUAGUCAUUAAUAAAUUAAAGAAAAAAAAGAAGAAAAAGUCUUUGAAGAAUUCUAAAUCUAAAAAAGAAAAUAAAAGUAAAUAAAACAAGAAUAAGUGUGGNAUUUUCACUAUUCAAAUUAGCACACUAAUUAAUAACUUCAACAGUCAGGAGAAUAAGUAUUCUCAAAACUACUAGAUAUCUUAAAUAAUAACCAAAGAAACAAUGAUCUUUAGAUGUGUUUGAUGAAUCAAGCAUUGCAAGAUUAAGAGAUAGAUUUAUUUGAAUUCUAAUCCAAUAACGUCUACAAAUAACAAUAUUUAUAUUCAAAUUUUUUGUAGUUGAAUGACAAUAUUUUUAAGGAAUAAUAAUUUUGUUUCCCUUAUUUCCCUUUAUGCCUUGAUUAUGUUAAAUCAAUAAUAGAAUUAAUUAAAAUUUAAUUUAAAAGGCAAAACAAGUAUGUCAAUACUAGAUAUCAGUAAACUUCAUUAUAAUCCUAUCGUUAACAAAGUGUAGACUAUUAAGAAAAUACUCGAUCCAAUCACGAUAAUAAUUAAUAAUCAAUAAAUAAGACUAAAUCAAGUUAAUCAAUUGGUAGAAUGAAAAAUAAUACUAAUAAAUCUAUUUUGACAUCCUAAAGUUAGUUAAGUCAUAGAAUAAAUCAUAAUUCUGUUUCCAUUUUUGUUAGAGUUUUAAAUAAUUUCACAAAAAAAUAAACUGAACUUUAAUAAUAAUAAGUAUUUGACAUAUUAAGGAAAAGAACGCACAUUCAAUAAAUUUUUGAGAAAAUCAUGAAGAAAAGAUAAAUCGGUCUUUUGAAGUACAGCUUUACUAAAGUGAAGUAACUUAUAGCCACAAAAAUUAUAGCAAAAGUUACUUAACCAAUUCUCUAUUAAAUGAAGGAGGAAGCGUUCAAUAUUAUGCUUAGGCUAAAAAAUAGAUAUGAGGCUAAAUAGCUUGAAAAAAGUAUAUAACACUUUUAGAUGUAAAGGGAAAGAUUGGUUUUCUCGAUAUUACUUAUAAAUCAAUAAUAAAUGGUUAAAUAAAAGUAAGCUUUAUUUUCAUUGAUAAAAAAAUAGAGAUAGAUACCUUUAAGAGAGCAUUUCUAAAGAUGGAAGAUUUAUUCUAUUAGUGAAUAAUUUUAUGAUUAAAUUUUUCAAUAAAAAAGUAACGAAAUAAGGUCUUUAGCAUCAAUAUCUACAAGAAAUGAAAUUUUUAAAAAGUACCCAAAUAAAUCAAUUCAAUUUUUAGAGAGCAACUCUACACUUGAUUAAGAUGGAAAUAAAUAACAAAAAAGAAAUUCUACCACUUCUAUCAAUCAACAUUUAAAAAAUAAUGGAACAAACAUAUACUGUGAGUAUGUAGUCAUUAAUAAAUUAAAGAAAAAAAAGAAGAAAAAGUCUUUGAAGAAUUCUAAAUCUAAAAAAGAAAAUAAAAGUAAAUAAAACAAGAAUAAGUGUGGUAUCUGUAGAGAUUAUUUAGAUGAAAAUGGAAAUAUCAUUGAGAAGAAAGAAAAAAAAUGA